AUGAGCAGCGACCCCAGUGCCGGCCCCGUGGAGACCACCAGUGAGCCCAAACUCAUCAGGGUGACUUUGAAAAGCUCAGGGAAGACGCAGGACUGCCUGCUGGAUGGGAAGAGCAGCAUUGCGGAGCUGAAGGAGGAGGCCCGACGCCGUUUCUUGGUCAGCAAAGAGCAGAUGCUUGUGAUAUUUGAGGGGAAAAUAUUGAAAGACCAGGAAACUUUUCUUCAGCAUGGCAUCCAAAAUGGGGACACGGUGCAUGUGGUGGUGGAAAGGCCAGAACUCAGAGGCAACCAUGCCCUGCAAACAGCCUCCCCCGCUCCAGGCUGCAGUGCUCCCCAUGCGGCUGUCGGUGCCUCGGCGUCUUCUGGAGGGCUGAACUUCCAGCCGCUGCUGAGAAGCAUCCGGAGGGACCUCCUGACCCUGCUGGACAUUUUGAGUGAGCUGCCUCAGCACUUCCAGCAUCAUCCGGAGCUCAUGUCCCAGGUGGUGCAGAACUCCACCGUCCAGAGUCUGCUCUCCAAGGAGGGAAACCCUCUAACGGUCGCCUUCGUCCUGGGAGUCUCCAGCCUGGUCAGCCUGAGAGUGAUGCAGUCCAGAGACGAGAAAGAGAGGGAGCUCAGUGGCAGGGUGGUGGCCGAGGUCCUGGAGAAACCUUUCAUCCAGAACAUCCUCACCAACACACAGGAGUUGGCCCAGUUCUUGUCAGAGAACCCGGAGAUGAAAGCAUUUGCUCAAGAGACGCCACAGUUUGGCCGGCUGUUGAGCCUCAGCGGCUUAACUAAGAUGAUGGUCACCUAUAAGAAGCUUCCACGACUGGCGGGCACUGUCACGCCGGACAUCAGCCUUGAAGCGGACAUGCUGGAUGAUCUGCAGUCCUUCCGCCAGUUGUUUGUGGACAUCCGCCAGGUCCUCUCCGGUCCAGAGGUUCAGGAUGAACUGGAGGAAAGGAUGCUGAGGCAGACGAUAGAAAGCAGCCCUUCCUUAAUCCAACUGGCUAAAGAAAAUGUCAGCAUCGGCCACCUGCUGAGCAACCCGAAGGUCGUGGGGGAAAUAAUCAGGUACAUCCGAAAGCCAGAAGUCAAGCAGGAAAUGGACAGACAUUGUGAUCGGAUCCUGAGCAACAUUGAAAGUUUCCCAGGAGGCUACAACAUCUUGCAACGCAUGUAUAAGGAGAUGGAGGAGCCCAUCUGGAGCGCGAUGGAACAACAGCACAAAAAUCCCUUUGCCACCCAGGGUCCAGCUUCAAGUCAGGCCGUUCUCCCCCCCGGAAUAGAGAACAGAACGCCUCUGCCGGACCCCUGGCUCCCUAGGCCGCUGCAGACCAGGCCUCAGGAGAUGGGCAAGGUCCACCACCCGAGAGGUGCUGCGGAAGACGGAAACCUCCGUCCGGAGAAGGUGUCAAAGGGGAGCCAAGUGGAUUUUAGUUCAGAAAGCAGCCAGACUGAGGGCUUACCUGAAGCGCCAAACGCCAGCCCGGAGAGUUCCACCUCUUUCUUGCAGGACGGACAACCCCCAGCCACGGAGGCCCCACAGGCCCCAAUAGUUCAGGAUCUGCAGGUGCUACCUGGCCAGCCUAAUGCAAACCUAAAGGAAGGGCUGAGUUCUCAAGAGGAGACAGAAGACAACCUUGAAACAUCCACGGAGACGCCACCACCUGGCUCCGGUCUGGCCUAG